AUGGACUCUGGACGAGGGAAAGCCGAAGUUGCGCAUGCUGAGGAGGGCGAGAGGUCUUCUCGUGACGAUGUCGAUGAAGCACUGAAAGAAGCGCAGAUUGGUUUUGAAGCGAUACCGAGGUCAGACCUGAAGCUCGACAAACGUGGACUCCCUCUUGUUCCACAGCCGACAGAUCGAAAGGAUGAUCCUCUCAAUUGGUCGGCCGGGCUCAAACUGUUCGUUCUUUUACAAGUCAGUUUACUGGCCUUUCUCGGUCCCAUGGCUGGUGCUAUCGUCAACCCUGCUUUCAUUCCGUUGAGCAAACAAUUCAACAUCACUGUGGUCCAAGCUUCAUAUGAGCUUACGGUGUACAUCGUUUUUGCAGGUAUCGGACCGCUGCUUACGGUUCCGUUGUCCAAUCUGUACGGCCGAAGACCCGUCUACAUCGUGGGAAAUCUUGUCGCUGGCAUCACUAAUAUCGCUGCUGGGAAGUGUACCACAUGGACAGGGAUACUCGUCACUAGAGUUUUCAAUGGUAUAGGCGCAGGCUCACCAGCUGCGAUCGGAGCCGCGACCAUUUGUGAUAUGUACUUCCUGCACGAACGUGGGUUCUACAUGGGUAUAUUCACAUUUUUCCUGACCAACGGACCUCACGCUGCUUCUUUAUUCGGAGGCUUCAUAGCUCAGAGAUUGGGUUGGCGCCAGUGCUUCUUAAUUCCAGGAUACAUCCAGCUAGGCGUCCUUGUAUUCAACCUCUUCUGCCUCCCAGAAACCAUUUUCUCCCGACGAUCUGUCGCUGGACUCAAGGAGCGAUCCUUCAUGGAUUUACUUCUCUUCAAGAACUCGGGACUACAGGGUCGCAGGCUCCGUGCUGCAGACUUCAUCAAGCCAUUCUACAUGUUCAAGUAUCUCGCUAUCCUGAUCCCAGGAUUCUGGUACAUGACGGCUUUCGGGUUCGGCUCUGUGUUGUUUGCGGCGACAGGUUCGAAGUUAUUCCACGGAAUCUACGGCUUCGAUGUAGCGCAGACUGGAUUGAUGCUAAGCAUCCCACUCCUGAUCGGGUGUCUUCUGGGUGAAAUGUGUGCGGGUUGGCUGACUGACCACAUGGUUUAUCGAUAUGCUAAAAGCCAUGGAGGUCGACGAGAGCCCGAGCCACGUAUUAAUGCGAUACCACUUGCAAUCCUUUGCCCUGUUGGAAUCAUCAUUGAUGGCGUCUGCUUGUCACACCAUAAAACCGUCCCGUGGAUCGGCGCUGCGUUUGGAAUGGGUAUUGCCAAUUUUGGUCUUCAAGUCGCAACGACCAUAACGUACAGUUAUUGCACAGAUUGUUAUAAACCUCAAAGUUCCGAAAUAUCCAGUAUCCUCAACCUUUUUCGAAGCAUUUUCUCAAUGACAAUCUCCUUCUAUGCUAUCCCACUUGGUGAAAAGAUCGAUUAUCAAUACGCCUGGCUGAUAUUUGCCAUGAUCAACGUUGUUUUCUUGAUUCCAAUGGUGAUGCUCCGAUUCUACGGAGUUGGCUGGAGAAAUAGCGUUUGGCAGAAGCCUCCAACAUUCCACGAUGACCUUUGA